AUAACUCACCACUAAACGCAUAAUUAAUUAGUCCAACCAGCUACGAGAAUAAUAAAACCAAUAAAUUCCAGCAAACAUUUUUCAAAGUGUCGCGCAGCUAUUAAGACGUCACCGAACGUCAUCCCCAAUGCAAUCCACAUUGGAGCUCACCGCACACACCUCCAAGCCACCAGCCGGCUUAGAACGUUCGUUUAAAACCAGUUUUUGCGGACGACUACUGCACAGCUCAAGCAAGAUUCAGUUGAGACGCAGAACGCUCGUUUGGUGGCACGCGAUCGGCGCCGGUUGUUCUGCGACUGAAAGUGAACAUUUUGGUCAACGCUCCAAAGUUCGGCGUUCGGCGAUAACCUCGCGAUCUUCAACUCUACGCAAACGCAACGAAAUUGACGCGAUAAUGAGUACGUGCGACGUUUUCGUCACUCAUUCUCCCGUUGAGGCUUCGCCGAACAAGUGUCGUUUGUUUGCGGGAUGUUCUGGCUGAAAUUCGUUUUAUUUACCCUAUUUGGAAGAUCCGUACUGGGAGCGGACGACUGUGGCGUACGCAUUCCGAUCACCCAACAGCUGGUCAGCUUCGGCAAUGCUUCGCGUCUUGGAGAAUGGCCCUGGCACGUGGCGCUCUUCCACCGGAUGAACCGAGCCUCACCGACGUACGCCUGCGGUGGCACGAUCGUGGCCAAGAACUACGUCGUGACGGCGGCGCACUGCACUUACCCGCAGAGUCGCGCCCGGCCGCUGAAGAUCGCGGAGAUGUUGAUCCGGGCCGGGAUUGCCAACCUGCAGGCGUUGGAGCACUCGCUGCAGCAGGUUGGAGUGGUGGAGAUCGUGCGCCAUGACGAGUUCAACUCCGAUACGGUGGAGAGUGAUGUUGCGUUGCUGAGGACGGCGGGGGAGUUUGAGUUUGGGAGUUACGUGAAGCCGAUUUGUUUGUGGAGUGGGGUUGAUGAUGAGAAGGAGGUUGUGGGGAAGGUUGGGACGAUCGCUGGGUGGGGAAGGGACGAGAAUCAGCAGCUGCCGGAUAACUUGAAGCAUGCGGGAAUGCCGAUUGUGUCGAGGAAGACGUGCAGGGAUAGCGAUCCGCUGUACUAUACGCGGUAUUUGUACGAUCGGAAGACGUUUUGUGCUGGGUUUAGGAACGGGACGUCUCCUGGAUUGGGGGAUAGCGGUGGAGGACUGUACCUUGAAGUGGGAGGCAAGUGGAUCCUUCGUGGGAUCGUGAGCAACGGUAAGGUCGUGGCCGAAACGCGUCUGCUGGACACUUCCAACUUCAUCGUGUUCACCGAUGUGGCGUACUUUAUGCCGUGGAUCAAACAGAAGUUAAACAUCGUUGAUGAUCUUCCGGGGACAACACCGCUGCAAGACUUUUCCGUUUGUGGGAAGAAGAAAGAGCCACAGUUCAAGCGAACCGGCUUUAAGGAAGAGCGAAAAUGGCCCUGGCAUGGGGAAGUCUACAGAAACAACACGACUAGACUUGGUGAGGUAGCUGUAAUCAGCAAUUACUUCAUGCUAUCACCCGCCGAGGUUUACGAUGAAGUUGACGUUCAGCACGCAGCGCAAUUGAUGGUAAAAUUCAAAGUUUUCAAAGACGGUAGAAGCCAAGUCUUCCUGGAGCAACGCAUUCAACGGAUCAUUCGUCACGAAAAGUUACAGAGGGACACCCGACUGAACAAUAUUGCCCUGCUGGAGCUGAAAGCUCCUCUGAAGUUCACCGAGCUCAUACAUCCGGUCUGUCUUUGGGGUGGCGAUCCUGCCGGUUGGACAUUGUCCAGAGUACGAGGAUAUCUGGACGACUAUGAUCAAGAAAUUUACGGUGAGGAAACCUGUCGUAGGAUCUACAAUGUUCCAGAGGAAGCUCUUGGCGGUAGAGGAUUCUGCUAUCAAAUCUCAACGUACGGAUUCAGUGGAAUGCUUGGAGAUCUGCUGUUCCUGAAGCACGGUGAAUCCUGGUAUCUGCGAGGUAUAACCUACAGCUUGAUUAAGGAGCAAUCAGUAUUUGAAAUUCUGCUUGCUGAUGUUGCUCACUACAAGUCCUGGAUUGACAAAAAUGCAGUAGUAAAGUCGACAGAUUUACUUGACGUUGGAAAGUGUUCCCAGACAUCGUACAGCCAGUGGAUGUACCAGAUCAAAAGCAGCUACCAGUUUCAGUGCUACGCUUCCUUGAUCUCGCCAACCCUACUAGUAACGACUGCGUCCUGUGUAGACGGAUUGCCUUUAGAAUCUUUGAAAAUUGUCAACGACCACUUCGGAACCAUUGCAACGGCAGGCAAAAUCCACGUCCACCCGUCCUUCAACAACCUCCUCCUCUCCAACAACAUCGCCCUCAUCCAACUGGCCCAACCCCUCCCAAAACAGCCCAUCUGCCUACCCAAAGCAACCCUAAAACCAUCCCAACUACCCCUCCAAUCCGUCAGCUGGCAGUCCGCCUAUUCCCGCGCCAAUCCGGUGGCCUUCCACGUGGCCAACUUCACCACAACCAACGUGGGCGGCUGUGCCGAUCGUUGGCGCCGCGAGGGUGCCCAGGUGGACACCGCCGGCGGUCACAUCUGUGGCCAGAUGGUGGGCAUCGAGCAGGGCUUCUGGUUCUACUGUGAGUCGAACCUGCACGGCGCUCCGCUGGUGUACCGCGUGGGGGAGGAGGUGCUGCUGCGCGGAGUGCUGGACAUUGGGAAGGCCAACCAUUGUGCGAGGGAUGAUUUGCCGGAGGUGUACGUGGAUCUGCUGCACUAUGCCGAUUGGAUCGUGGAAGUUGGGGUGGGGGAAAUCGGGUUGUCGGUGGUUCCGGUUCCGGAGGGUAGGGUUGAGUGGAGAAGACAGAAGGGUGAUUAAAUUA